UGGCUCGCGGGCCGCGGCGCCGCUGAGCCAACCGAAGCAUUUCGCCUCGCGGCCACAUUCCGCCGGACUCCACCACCAGCCGCUGGCACCCCCAUCGAUCCAGGCAGCAGCCACCGCCGCCGCCGCCAUGUCCGGCUGCCCCUGCUCCACCUCCACCUCCGCCUCCUACUCUCCACUCUCCCUCCUGCCCCCUCCCAGUUCCGUCGCCGCCGCCUCCAGGCGCAGCACCGUCGCCUUCCACUCCUCGCGCGGCCCGCGGAGCGGCUGGACACGGCGGAGAGGCGCGUGCGCAGUAGUCGCGGCGAGCAGCAGCAGCAAGGACGAGAAGGCCGAGGCGGGGGAGGAGGAGGAGGGGGAGCCGGCGUUCAACCCGUUCGGGUUCGUCACGGACAACCCGUCGAGCCGCAGCGCCAUCCAGCUGCCCGCGUCGCCCGCCCAGGACGGCAAUGUCGGCCAGAUGCUCUACAGGACGGAGGACAAAGGGAGGGAGUACGGCAAGAGCGUGAGAUCAGGGGAGUUUCGAUGGUUCGUGAGGCAAACAGGUUCUCCUGAUUCACGGCGUGGGACUAUUAUGUUUCUUCACGGUGCUCCAACUCAGUCAUUUAGUUAUCGCACGGUUAUGGCUCAGAUGGCAGAUGCUGGCUACCAUUGCUUUGCGCCUGACUGGAUAGGAUUUGGGUUCAGUGAGAUGCCACAGCCUGGAUAUGGAUUCGAUUUCAAAGAAGAGGAGUUCCACAAGGCAUUUGAUGAACUUCUUGUUACUCUAAAUAUCACUGAACCAUUCUUCUUAGUUGUCCAGGGAUUUCUUGUAGGUUCUUAUGGUCUGACAUGGGCAUUGAAGAACUCAAACAAACUUCUUAAGGUAGCAAUCCUUAACAGCCCACUUACUGUUUCUUCUCCAGUGCCUGGAGUCUUUAAGCAGCUCAGAUUUCCACUUGUGGGCGAAUUUACCUGCCAAAAUGCUAUCCUGGCUGAGAGAUUCAUUGAAGCAGGUAGCCCGUACGUGCUGAAGUCAGAGAAGGCUGACGUAUACAGAUUGCCGUAUUUAUCAAGUGGUGCACCUGGAUUUGCAUUACUUGAAACUGCCAGGAAGGCCAAUUUUCAAGAGGUAUUAAGCAAAAUUUCGGCUGGAUUUUCAUCCAACAGCUGGGACAAACCAAUAUUGCUGGCAUGGGGGGAGUCGGACAAGUACCUACCGCUCUCGAUAGCCGAGGAGUUCAAGAAAAACAAUCCAUCAGUGGUGAAACUGAAGCCCAUCGAAGGAGCUGGCCACAUGCCGCAGGAGGACUGGCCAGAGAAGGUGGUGGCGGCCCUGAAUUCCUUCCUGUAUUAGUCUAUCCAUUGAAGGAGGUCAUCAUACAUACAAGGUUAAAGAUGUGGUUGAUCAGUUGGUAUAUACGUACGUCAUGUAUAAAAUUGUACAGUUCAGAUGCACGGUGUGUAAAUGGAAGGGUUGAGGACAACUUGCGUGUAAAUACAAGAGUUGAUUACACACACAUGGUACAUUUACUCGCACUGUAAAUGGAAGGGUUGAAGAUCA